AUGUCGUUCACUCGCAUGUAUGUCGGCCGCCUGCCGCCGGACACGCGGCGCGAAGAAUUGGAGGAUCUCUUCAAAACCUACGGACGCGUUGUUGACAUGCGUGUCAUGUCCGGCUUCGGGUUCGUUGAACUUGAGGACCCACGUGCGGCAGAGGAUGCAUGCCAGGCUCUGAAUGGCAAAGACUUCAAUGGCGACAGACUCAUCGUCGAACCUGCCAAGGCAAGGGCUGCCCCGCGCGGCCCUGCUGGAGGUUACGGCGGUGGAUAUGGAGAUGGCUAUGGCGGGUAUGGCGCCCCUCGUCCGAGCCUCCGCCGCGGUCGCCAUCGUAUUAUCAUGUCGAACCUGCCACCGAACACAUCGUGGCAAGACAUCAAGGACAUGGGACGUGAAUUUGGACCAGUCACCUUCACCGACGUUGAUCGUUCGCGCCCCGACGAGGGUAUCCUGGAGUACGAGAACGUUGAUGACUACGAGCGCGCUCUCAAGGGUCUCGAUGGCGCCGAGCUUCGUGGAAACAAGGUGCGCGUCGAUCCAGCGCCUGCAGACACGGGUCGUGACGACGGCGGCAGCCGCGGUGGAGGUGGAGGUGACAGGUAUGGAGGUGGUGAUCGCUACGGCGGCGGUGGUAGGGAUCGCUACGGAGGUGGAGACCGUUAUGGAGGAGGCGAGCGUUACGGAGGCAGCGAUCGCUACAGAGGCGGCGCUGGAGACCGAUACGGCGGCGAUCGUUAUGGAGGUGGAAGCCGUUCCUCCGGUCGUGACGAGCGUCCCCGCGAGCGCUCUCGCUCGCCGGCUCGCCGUGAAUCCCCUCCACGUGCCGGCAGGGAUGACGACGGAUGGUAG